GUAGCACGCUAGUUUACGAUCGUGAUGAACGAAGACGAGGAUGGCUCGCUCGAGACCGGGCCCCAAGCGCUGGACAUAUUGGCGGGGCUGGCUUCCUUGGGCAUUGCACCCUCGCUGCGUGAACAGGUGCAGCAAGCGCUGGCGGACCUGUCGCACGCGGCGGGGGCUGUGGCUGCCGACGCGGCAUACCCUGACACGCCCGACACGGGCGCGCGGACCGCAUCCGGGUCCUCCGCGUCUACGUCGUCAAGCAGUGCAAAAGACAGCACGUUACAACGCAAAGUAGCGGAACUUGAACAGAAGAUGACUAUGUCAAGAAGCAUAAUGAAGAAGCUGUAUCAUAAGAACGUAGAGCUUGAAAAGGAGCUAGCCGUCGCGCGGGCAAACCAGCAUGGCGUUGAUUUGGUGCCGCCGCCCACCGCCGGGCCAGGCUCAGGCAGCAGCAGGCCAGGCACCUCACUUCGCCCGUCCACGACAGCUUCGGCGUACGGAGCCGGUGACGCUAGCCCGCUGGCUCAGGCGCUGCAGGAACGUGACCUGACGAUACGGCAGAUGCAGCAAGCGCUGGAGGCGGCCCGACGGCGCUGUUCGCUGCUGGAGUUGCAGCUGGCGGGCGGUCCAGCUGGCGGCGGGGCGGGAGCAGGGCGGGGCGGGGCAGGGCCUGCCGGUGGCAACGGCGUCAGCGCCGACAGCCUGCGGGACCUUUUGGCACAGUCGGCACUGCAUCAGCAAAAGUACAAGCAGAUUCGCGAGGAUUAUAACCGGCUCUUAAACAAGCGCGCCAGCACGGUUGCGGGCGGCUCCCGCUCCACCUCCGCCACGGCAGUGGCGGCGCGGACGCUGGUGGAUGACCUGCAGAAGCGGCUGGUGGCCGAGGUGCAGGAGCGCGAGGCGGAGGCGGCGCUGUACAGCGCGCGGCUGUACGAGAGCGAGAAGGCGCUCAGCGACUGGUACGUCGAGAAGCGGCUGCUAGAGGAGCACAUCGCGCGGUUGAGUGCCGAGGUGGCGGAGCGGGACAAGAUAGACGGCGAGAUCGAAGGCUGCGUGGCGUCGCUCCUGGAGCGGCUGCGGGCGGUGGAGGCCGACAAUGAGGUGCUCCGGGGGCGGCUGGCGGCGGCAGGGCUACCGGACGAGGGCAAUGGCGGGGCAGGGGAAGCAGCGGAUAGCCCUGCACGAGCAGGGCGCCCAGGUAAAGGUGCGCGUGCAGAAGCGCACAAUCGUGGCUCAACAGCGGAUGUGCUCGUGGUGCGGUGAGGGCUGUGGCUGUGAAGGAGCUGAUCGGGCGGCUGCGUGGCUUUUGCGUCGUCUGUCCUUGGCGCAAGCUCAACAGAUUGUUCGCGUGUGCGGACGCCGCGUUGGCGAGAGCCACGCAUGGCCCUUAUACACC